GACCGAAGAGCCACUGCACACACAGCGCGGAGCCCCACAAGCAAAGGCGCGCGCGCGCGGCUGCUCGAUCAGCAUCAGCUAGCUCCUCAGCAGCCUCACCCAUGGCCUUGGAUGCGAAAGCCCUGCAGGAGGCGAGGGAGGCAGCAGCAGUCCCUGUUGGUGUUGCCCUCGACGACGACGCUGGAACCGUGCGGCGGCGAAGAAGGUCGUCGUCCUGGAACGGCGGCGCUUCGCCUGCGCCGGUGCCGGUGCCGGUGCCGGUGCCGGUGGUAGUACUCCUCCGUAGCGACGACGACAGGAGGGUGAAGCGGGAACUGGUCGCGUGGGCCAAGGCCGUGGCGUCCGUGGCUGUCAGGGAGUCUAUGGAUUGCUGCUGAGGCGUGCUGCUUUACUGGAGUAUAUCAUCUAGGCGAUGCACUUUGCAUUUAUUUUCUAUCGAUCGAUGCCCCUUCCAAAUGAGGUCAGCCUAGAACUUACGAUGUGAUCAUCGGAACUGUAUCCCGUACGCCUAACGUGUGUGUAUAUGUGGAGUAGUUUUCAUCAGCUGUCCAUCACCAAACUAUGUGCCUGUUUGGUUGAGCUUUUUUCUGACCAGCUUUUCUGAAAAUCCGACUGUAGGGAGAAUCUGGCUGUGGGGAGAA